GAUCCCCAUUACUGGUACCAACCUCGCAAGCUCGUCGUAUGGUUUCUUUCCUCCCCUAUUACUUGCUCAUGCCAUCUGAUAAACUGUCCUGGGAGGAUCUCCUGAGGGAGAGCCUCAGCAUCAAGACCAAUCAUUUGGUUGGCGUCAGUUGCGGUGGCAAGAAACUGCGAACUGGCAAAGACCCACCCUGAGAUGAUCGUUCCCUUGAGCACUCCGCCCAACAUCAACUUUAUCCCUGCCAUUGGGCGUCUUAUUCCUCACGCCAUCCGCUCUCACGUCGUGUUUUCUCUGCAGCCCAUCGCCACAGUUAACCGCAAUAAGUUCUUGUCUGCUCUUCUUCUCCUGAUCCUCAAUGCCACUGAGACCACUGAGAUCCCUAUCGCCGCCGUCUCCACCAUGUUCCGCGUUCAACCCACUUUCCUCGAGCUGCAGCAGCUGAUCGCCGGCGCCAUUUGGGAACGCAAUCAAGAAGUUCUUAACUUCAUGAUGGUCGGGGAGUUGAAAAAAAAAAAUAGGUGUAAAAGAUAGCUGCUGAAUUGAAGCUACACACAAGCCCUUCCAAUUGAUCGAUCACUUUUUGUAUU